CACGAUAGGAUGAGUGCCUUCGAGAUGCUUGAACACUUGAAAAGUCUGUUUGAUUCAGAAAGUCAGACUCUAGAGUAUGAACUUCUGACAGACAUUUUCAAGUGUAGGCUUCAAGAGGGUGGCAACGUGUCUGAGCACGUCCUCAAAAUGAUUGGCUUAAUUGAAAGAGUUGCUACCACUGGAAUUAAGUUUGAGGACUGUGUCUCAGCUGAUAUCAUCCUAUAUUCGCUUCCAAGUUCAUUUACUAACUUCAUUGUGAAUUAUAAUUUGAACAAAACGAAAGCGACCAUGCCUGAACUCCAUAACAUGCUCAAGUCUUAUGAAGCCUCAACCUCUAAAGGAAAGACUGUUCUUAUGGUAAGCUCUAAUGCUAAGUCUCGUUCUAAGAACAAGAAUAAGCAAAAGAAGAAAGGUAAGGUUGGACCUACUCCUACAACUCUGAAGCCUAAAGGUGGAGGUCAUAUGAAGCCAAAGGUUGCAAAGGAUGUUUGCCUCUACUGCAAAGAGAAGGGGCAUUGGAAGAGAGAUUGUGAGCUGUAUAAGGCUAAUCUAGCCAAAGCACCGGGUGCUUCAAGCUCAGAAGCCUGAGAAGCAGUGUAGCAGUUGGACUGGGUAAAAUUGACCUACGCGUGAAGACUGG